AUGGAGUCUUCGUAUCUAUUGGCGUUUUUCACGGUAGUCUCCCGGGACUCUCGUCUGCUUGUACCGGCAUUGGCAAUCGCACUCCUUGCUGCUUGGAGAAUCUACACAUUCACACUUCUGCCAUGGCUGUAUCCAAACGACCCAAAGGAAUAUCCGUACUGGAUUCCGGUGGUGGGCCAUUUGCGAUCAUUCUUCAAGAACUCGAGUCAAUUAAUCUCAGAAGCCAGACUAUAUUUCUAUGACACAAGAGAGCCAUUCGCUCUCUCUGUUGCCGGCCAGAAAUGGUACGUCAUCACCAAGUCGGAAGAUGUCGCAGCGACCUACAAGAUGGAGCAUCUAUCAUACGACGUUUUCGCUGUCGAAGUAAUGCGCAUGAUUGGGGUUUCAGAAGAUGGCAUCCGAAAAGCCUUCCAAACCCACCUCAUCAACAAGGACGGGAGUGUUGGUGAAUCCAAGCAUCUCGUGCGACUGUGCAAAGAAUACCAGCUUGAACAACUAUCGCCUGGAAAUCGAUUAGACACCCUUGUACAGCCAUCACUUCAGUUCAUAAAACAGCAUUUGGACCUCAAAUCGAUACAACACAGAGGCGCAAACUGGUACACGUCCACCAGUCCUCAAUCAGACAGCUUGGUUGUGGCUCUAUACCAAUGGGUUUCAGAUAUCUUCAUCGAUCUAGGCACCAAAGCGUACUUUGGAGACAAACUCAUGCAAAUUGAGCCGGAUUUGAUUCGGACAUUUAUUUCUUUCGAGACCUUGUCCUGGCAAGCCAUGUAUCAAUACCCCAGCUUCUUGUGCGGAGAGAUGCUAGCAGCCAAGGCGAAGAUGCAGAAUGCGAUGAAAGAAUAUUUCGCGGCGCCAAGGGCGGAAAGACCUGACAUGUCUUGGUUUAUAUCAAAGAUUGAAGAUGAGACCGAUCGCCUGCAGACAGCGCCAGCUGACUCUGCAAUCUUUUUCUUCCAGCUGUUUUGGAGCAUAAAUGGAAACACGCGAAAGGCUCCUUUUUGGAUGCUAUCAUACCUUCUUUUCGGUAACAAGGAGUUAAUUGACACCAUUCGCGUUGAAACCGCUCCCGCGAUCCGCGACGAUGGCAGCAUCGACGUCGCCUAUCUCAUCAACGAUAAAACAUGUCCUCACCUAAAUAGCAUAUGGGAUGAAACUGUCAGAUUGACAGCCUUUGCCGCCUCUGUGCGAUUCCUCACGCAUGACGUUCAAUUAGGUGGAAAGACGCUCCGAAAAGGCAAUCGAUUGAUGAUGCCACAGCGGCAACUGCAUUUUAGCACACACGCCUUUGGAGACACAGCAUCAGAAUUCGACCCCGAUCGGUUCUUGAAAGAUGCUGGUCUGCGAAGGAAUCCGAGUUUAAGACCGUUUGGUGGCGGCACGACAAUGUGCCCGGGUCGGAAUUUGGCAAAGCAGACGACGUUGGCGUUUGUGACGCUGGUUUUGCAUUCGUUCGAUAUUGAGUUGGAUCCUUCUGAUCAGAAGUUUCCUCAGCCAGCUGAGGGGAAGCCUUCUAUUGGUUUGGUGGAUGUGCAGGAGGGUCAUGAAGUGUUUGUGAGGUUGAGGCAGAGAGAACGGAAUAGUUGA